UGUCCGCGAGUGUAAUAGCGAGUAAUUCUAGUCUACUACGCAUAAGAGUAUUGAUUAUGCAUCGACAUAGAACGCUAUUGACGAGUAUAGUUAUUUUCUCUAGUUCGAUCGUCCAGUUUAAAACGUGUACAGAGAUCGAUCUGCGUGCUGCGGCGAAGUUUGAAAAUGUUUGAAAAUGUUUGAAAAAACGUUGUAUAACAAUGGAAAAUAUAUGAUUGGUGAAACUUUAUUCAUAUCUGAUCGCAGGAUCACUUAAUUAGUGGUGUUUGUUGAUACGAUAAAGUAAUUACGAGCGUGUUGGUGGAGUGAUUUGAAAAAUCGCCUUGACAAAUAAUAUUUACGUUUUAAAAUUAAAGGCGACCUUGCCCCCUGGUAGCCAUUUUGCCGCCCAACAAAUAUGGCCGUCCAAGAAACAAGAAAAUUUCUAUUAUUUUUAAUAAAUCGCGUACCGUAAGCUCAUAAAGGUGUGUUAAGGCUUGUUUGAACUGCUAACAAACAUUCUUGGAUAUAUUUUCAUACGUACAUGUAUCGUUUCACCCCCGAACUGUUGCUAAGUAAUAAUAAUUUAUCAAAGUGUGUUCGCGUGUGACAUAUAACCUAAGAUUUGUUUCUGUGCUUUUCUGUGACAAUCGCUGCUACUUUCAUUGCUCCAUGACAAGUGUUUAUAGAGCCUCAUGUUAUUAUCGAAUAUAAGGCAAUCGUCGUUACAACGAAGUUUUAGCAAAUAAAACAAUGGAUGAGCGAAGGGUAGCUGAUUACUUCGUUGUCGCCGGACUUCCGGGACAAGACGAUAAUUUUUCAACCGAUGAGAACGACGAAAGCAACAAGCUGGAGGAUUGGUGUCAGGAAGGAACGCAUUUGAAGGAUACUCACAUGCAGGCUCCCAUCACAGAUCUGGCCAUUAUAUUUCCAGCUCUGGGAGAAACUUGUCCCGAGGAUUAUACCCUUUUGAGCAAAACGGUGACUGGCUUUCCAGCGGAUUUAAACCACGGAAGCCUCAGAACAAACGAAUGUUAUAUUUGUUACAAGAGAGGCAGGGACAAGCCACCUUUGGUCGAUAUCGGAGUAAUAUACGACGGCAAAGAACGUAUAAUGCCUGACGCAGAGGUGGUCUUUGAGACCCCGGAUGGACAUGUUGCAAAUGUAAAUAACUCGACAUCAAGAAUAUUUGUUACCUAUAGAAGAGCCAGUCCUAAAAUGCCAUGCAACAGUCUGGUGGUUACGGACAUAUGUGUGAUAUUGAAAAACAAAGGAGAGUGUCAGCCUCACGCAUUUUGCGUUAUAAACAAAAAUCUGAAUAAAGGAAUGCUGGGGAGCGAUGUGUUUUUGUGUUAUAAAAAAUCUAUGAACCGAGCCAAUUUGAUAUCGUUCAAGCCUGCGAUAUUGUACAAGUAUCCUAUAAAAGACUACGACAGUUUUAUGUUCCCCAAUUCUGUCGCCAUGUUUUGCUUGCCGAUGGGCGCCACUAUUGAAUGUUGGCCAAAAUUGGCAUGUAAACCAAAACCCGUAUUUUCCACAUUUGUAUUAACAGUAGCUGAUGCGGCCCAAAAGAUAUAUGGAUCUGCUAUCACGUUUUAUGAAGAAAUUGAGCCAGUAUUAAAAGACUCGAGUAAUGCUAAUUCUCACGAUAUUUUGGAACUUUGUCCGAAGAAUGAAAAAAACUCAAACUGUGCAGAUAACAUAGACGAUUCAAUGCUUACGGGAAAUUCAGCAGAGGAUGCAAAGGUUGACCUAGGAAAAAUAAGGAAUUAUAAAAAACUUGGUAUUUUUGAUAAGUUGAGUCCGUCGCAAAUCGAUAAGUUGCAAUUUGAGGAUCCGAAUACUCAGUCAUUGAACAUCAGCAAAUCGAUAUGUAUUCUCUCACAUUGGCCAUUUUUCGACACAUUUGAAAAGUUUCUUGUCUUUCUACACAGUAUGGUGAAUGGUCAGGAGCAAAAUGUUCCCAUUGAGAAAUACAUAGCUUAUUUUCUUUGUGACAUACCUUUUCCCAGUCCUCAAAGACCGAGAAUAUUGGUUCAAUUGAGCGGAGAUGACAGAUUGAUUUUAACACAGCCUGAAGAUCUUGCAUUGCCAAGGUCCGGAGCGAGUUUCAGGCAAUUGCUGAUAAAUUUAGGACCAGACAAUUGUUUGUUAAUUCUCUUACUCAUUUUAACGGAACAGAAGAUAUUGGUUCAUUCUUUGAGACCAGAUGUUUUGACAUCCGUUAGCGAAGCAAUAGCGAUGAUCCUUUUUCCGUUCAAGUGGCAGUGUCCUUACAUACCGUUGUGUCCUUUGGGAUUGGCAGAGGUACUCCAUGCACCGCUGCCGUUUCUUAUUGGUGUGGAUUCUCGUUUUUUUGACUUAUACGAUCCACCAGCAGAUGUGAACUGUGUUGAUCUUGACACCAACAACGUCGCUAUUUGCGAUGAUAAGAAGUAUUUAAACAUAAAAUUGCUCCCUAAGAAAGCAGGUCGAUCUCUGAAAAAUAGACUGGAACUCCUUUACUCAAAGUUGAUUAGCUUGGGUAGAAGUUAUACAUCUCAGAAAGAACGAGGGGAUGCAGAUUUUAGCGUAGAUCGUGAGUUCCAACAAAAACGGAAGGAACAAGCUUUGGAGCUGGAAAUACAAGAUGCUUUUCUUCGAUUUAUGGCCUUAAUAUUGAAGGGCUACCGAUCAUAUUUACUGCCAAUUACAAAAGCACCCACUGUUGGGUCAACGGACCCAACGAGCCUAUUUAAUAUGCAAGCCUUUCUGAGAAGUCGUGAUAAAGCUCAUGCAAAAUUUUACAGCAUGCUAGUUCGCACCCAGAUGUUCAUAAGAUUUAUAGAAGAAAGAAGCUUUGUGUCAGAUAUGGAUAUGGCAGGUUUAGCAUUUUUUGACGAGUGUACGGAACGAGUUGAAGAAGAGAGUGGACCACUUUUGGAGUUAGAUGAAUCACAGCACAGUGAACGCACAGUAUUUAUUCCCCCACCCGAAGCUGGAACGAAUAAAAAAAAAUUGGUCUACAAAUCGUUCAAAUUGAAUCCUGAUUUAAUGAGGCCGCAGAAAAAUCUCAGUUCGAAAAAUCCAGCCCUUACUGCGUUCAGCAUGGUGCCUGGAAGCCCGAUGGCGCGUAGAACCAAGCAUGAGAUAAAAGUGGCUCAAAAAAUGGCCAGAAAACAGGCAGCUGUUCCAGAACGGUGGGCUAGAUGUUUGUUGGGCACAUGUUAUAGUCUGUGGUUUUUACAUCUGCCUGCUAUGCUACAAGUGUCAAACCAACCUGCAGCUAUUUUGCAUCAAGCCUAUGAGUUGCUUGUGAAAAUGCAAAAAUUACGAAUGGAUCCGACUGAAGAGGUUUGCUACAGAGCUAUGAUGCAAUUGUGUGGAGUUUAUGGUCAACCUGUAUUGGCUGUGAAAUUAUUGUUUCACAUGAAGCGAAGUGGAGUCCAACCUAAUGCCUUGACUUAUGGGUUUUAUAAUAAAGCGGUAUUGGAGGCAACAUGGCCAUCUGAUAUGACAAAUUCGAGUCAAUUAAUGUGGAACAAGUUACGCAAUGUUAUCGUCGGGGCUGCCUUGUUCAAAAAAGCUGGAAAAAAAGGUGCCAGAAGGAGAUUGAGUGCUGCGACUGAUAUACACAGCGUGGAUGGCAAGAGUAGCGAGACUUUGGAACAUGCUAUAUCUAGGUCUAGCCUUGACAGUGCGCAUUCACAAGAUUUGGAUGCAGCAGGCAGUGAUUCUUUGAUCGGUAGCAUUGUUCCUGAUUUACCAGUAUUUGGACUUGCGGAGACGAAAAUGAAAUUUUUACGUCAAAAUAGUAUUGUCAAAGAUCAAGGGGCUGCUCUAAGUACAUCUCAGCCAGAAGCACUUAACCGAUCAGCUAGUAAUCCAAGGUUAGUCCGAAAUCUCGAAUCACCACUGAAAAGCCCCGUCAGAACACCUGUUACUGAAAAUGAUCCUCUCGGAGCGUUACUUAAUGAUGAAACUCCAGUCGUAUCGCCGUCUGGGGAAAAUGAUUCAAACUGCUCAACAAGUACCUUGACCAUACUUAAUAAUGCAACAGAAGAGCGUGCUGGGGGACCGUUAUUAUUCAGAAGCAAUGUUUUACCUAGAAGUGCUACGUUUCAUCAAGCAGUCGAUGAAGGUGGACCAAUAGUUGGUGGACAUUUGCAAAGAAGUGAAACUAUGCCUCACUCCGUAGCUCAACAAGGUGAACAAGAAAGAGAUAGAGACAGAUUGGAGUUUGGUAGUCUUUGGGCACAGAAUAAAGACAGUGUAACAUCUAGCCUGUCGAGCCUAGGAUCUAGUCUCAAGCUUAGUUUUGGACGGUAUUCUACCGGAGGCCUGCCAUUUGCUAAAAAUAAGGAGUUGAUAUCAUCCAAUCAGCUCAUCGAGUCCUUAAGUUUGUCCAAUUAUAUCAGUCCUUCAAGUUUGACUGGAAAGAAGUCAAACGAACUAAUAUUGGGAGGAUUGAAUAGCUUGAAAUCUGCUGCGACUAGUGUUGCAAAAAAAUUCGACGAAAUAAAGGAAGCUAUCUCUGCUACUAGUACUCCAGUAAAAUCGAAGGAGCGUGAACAAAGAUUAACUUAUGGAAUAUCUCACGAAUCAUUGGAUUCGCUAACUGAUGGGUCACAGCAAGACCGUAAUGAGAUACCUGUAAGAGGUUCGGGGGAUUCAAACGCAGAUCUUGGUUCUUUGUCCGAAUUAGCCGAUUGUUUGUAUCCAAGGGGUUCUAGGGACUUAGAAGAACGUAUGGCGAUAGAAUUAGUCUUAUCGACUGCCAGUAGGUGCCAUAAUUGUGCCACUAUUAUGUAUGACGAAGAAAUAAUGGCUGGCUGGCAGCCAGAGGAUUCAAAUUUGAAUACAGUUUGUCAAUUUUGUGAUAAAGCUACAGUACCACUUUUGACAGUAACUAUAUUGGAUUAUAGGCGUGAGGAGCGUGAGCUAAAUGAUCCGUUAACAGGAGCAUUGAUAGAACUCUUAGAACAACCAAAGGAAUUGGAAGAACCGAUCACAGUUCCAUACUUAAAUCCGCUCGUGCUUAGAAAAGAAUUAGAAAGUGUUUUAAGCCAAGAAGGAGAUUCGUGCCUUACCAAGCACAAAUUUAUACAGGAACAUCCCAUAGUAUACUGGAAUUUGAUUUGGUACUUUGAACGAAUUAAUUUGAGCAGUCAUUUGCCAGAGCUCUGGUUCAAUAAUAACCGGGAUUUGAAGAAUAAUUCCCAAAGUAAUUCGGCAUUGGUUGGUGUUAGAACACUUUGGGAUAAUGAGAAAUUACAUAUGGAUCGUUUGCCUAUGUACAUUCAAUGGAAGACAAACAGUACAGAAGAUCGAACGUUAAUGCAGUCUGUUAUAACGAAUGUGCGUUGCAACGACUUAGCGGAACCUAUAAGAAGAUUAGCUCUGGAGAGGCAUAAAAACCAAUUGGAUGAAAAAACCCCAAUUUCUAUAUACAGAGACAUUCUGUUUUUAGUAUUCACAGUCUUGGGACGAGGAAAUAUUGAUCAAAGUGCAUUUGAUCGGGAAUAUAAUCAGUCGCUUGAAAGACUAACGGAAAAAGAAGAAAAGUUAUUGUUGAAAACAGAUGCACCCCCAGCUACUAUGGCACUAUAUUGCAGGCAUUACUUCAAGCCACUCAACGUAUGAACAAACAAAUUGAAUUAUUUUAAUAGUACCUGUCAUGGGUAUACGAAGA